UCAGCAGUGACAGGCAGUACACACCAGAGGUUUGAACUGAGAGAGUGGACUGCACCAUGGCGGCUGGAAGCUCACACCCGUAUCGUUUACUAACACUCAAAUUCCUGCUCACAACGGUAUGCAGCUUCCAAAUACAGAUGCAGCCGGAGUCUUUGCCAUGGAUCCGGGUCGGCCAGGAGCUGGUACUGAGGUGUGAAAGCAAGGACUGUCCCUCUCCUAGCUUCGUUUGGAGAACCGGAAUCGACAAACCUCUCGGGGGCACGGUGAGCAGCCAGGGCUCGGUGUCUACCCUCACCUUCUCCCCGGUGACCCGUCAGAACGAGAACACAUUCAUCUGCUACGUGACCUGCGGCGAGCAGAAGAAACAGAAAUCCCGGGCGGUGAACGUUUACUCUUUCCCAGAUGCGUUGAUCCUGGAGACGGUCGGGACAUUGGAAGUGGGCAGGAAGAGCACUGUGUCCUGCACCGUGCCUGAUGUUUACCCCCCGGGCAGAAUGGAGGUCAAGUUGCUGAAAGGAGAGACGGUCCUAGCUGAAAAGCAGCACUUCGGGGAAGAGUCGAUUACCCUCAGCACUGAACUGAUCCCUUCCCUGCGUGACUCAGGCCAGGAGAUCACCUGCCAGGCUCAGCUCUACAUCCAGGAGCUCUCAAAGUCUUUGGAGGACAAGUUAAUGUUACACGUCCAGUAUGCACCCAGAAUGACACAGAUUUCUGUAACGCCAUCUGCCACAGUGAGAGAGGGUCAGGAUCUCCAGCUGAUCUGUACUGCUGAGAGCAAGCCCCCUGCCAGCUUUGUGUGGAGCAAACUAUUAGCCCAGGGUUGGUCAAUCAUUGCCCGGAAUGAAUCCACUCUGCAGCUGCCCAGAGCCCAGCUUACAGACUCCGGAACCUACCGCUGUGAAGCCAGCAACGGGCUGGGGCAGGAGGCCAGACAACUGGAGAUUCAUGUUCUCGCUGAACCUAGAGAUACACAUCUCUCCAUCAGUCCAUCCGUUGUGAAAGAAGGACAGCGUGUCACUGUCACCUGCACCAGCCACUCAAACCCCUCUGCUCAGAUCAUACUGAGCAAGAAGACAGAAAGUGGACAGAUAAAGUUGGACUCGAAGAAUGGAACAUUUAUAAUUGAUGCGGCUCACUCUAGUGAUGAAGGGCAGUAUGAAUGUGAAGCCAGGAAUGAUCUGGGAACACAGAUCCGGAACACAGAGCUUGUGGUUCAAGUUCUGACUCUUUGGGUUCAUCCUUCCAAUUUGGUUAGUGAAGGUGAGAAUGUCACCAUCGGCUGCACUGUUCACAGCAAUUUCUCUGCAAACUUCACCUGGAAAAAAAUGGAGAACAACAGUGAAACUAUUUUGCUGUCCACGAACAACUCCUUUUCCAUCCUUCAAAUAACUCAAAGUGAUGCUGGAUAUUAUGAGGUUGAAGUAAUCAAUGAAUUGGGGAGUCAAACUGGAUUUGUGACAAUACAAGUUAAUGAAACAAAGCUAUAUGAGAAACCGAGGGGAAUCCUAGAAACAGCAUAUGUAGGUGCUUCACUUGGAUCUGCAGGAUUAUUAUUAUUUAGUACGAUGUACUAUAUCUAUCGCAGAAAUAACUGCAAGGGAUCGUACAAGAUGCCAACAGAGCAGAUCUAGUGAAGAAAUAAAGGACUGGAGGAAUUAAUAUUCCUACUGCACCGACUGUUUAAUCUCCUGGCUCUGCUGUUAGAAGCAGGAUGGUGGACUGGGAGAUGACUUUUGAAUUAUCCAGGAACUUGAACUAAGGAAUUUUAAAAAACACAGUAAUUACCUUUGUUCACUUCAAAGAACUUUAACAGAUAAUUCAAAUAAUAUGACUUCUUCAGAACACAAACUUAAUUUUAUCACAGUUGCUAACCUUCAUGUGACAUUUGCAGAACUGUGAAAAUAAUUUUGUUUCCAAGAUGGAUAAGAAUUUAGGGAUGCUUUGGGUGAUAUAAAGCAUAGGAUAGUCCCUGUCAUAUGAAUGUGACUCAAUAGCAUUACCAACAACUGGCAUUCAGAGAAUGAAAGGCAAAGAAGACUUGAACUUAAGACACUUUAUUGUAAAUAGUUUUUAGAUGUUUUUUACCUAAAUAAUUCCGUGAUAUUUAUUAAUUGCAGUGUAUAUUAUGUUGAUAGUAAAACUGUAGAAACAAUUCACUUUAAAAUAGUCACUGGCAAUAACAAAUGAUUGUGGUAACUACCUGUAGAAAGCAGAUUCACAUUCAGACUCUUAACACUCAAUAGUAAAGUAGAUAUGGUUGCUAAGUGCUGUUAGAUUCAGUGCCCAUCCCACUAUCACAGUAGGCCUGGUACCUACAGGUGACAAUGAUCUCCAAUUUAUACUAAAAUAUCUGCAAUAAUUCAGGCAGCUACAGGCUAAUGCUGUAGACAAACUAUAUUGAGAUGUUGCAUUGCUGCAGCACAACCUGCCAAUGUAGUGAGGACUAGUUCCACAAAUAGUUCUGGAUAUAUAGAUCCAAGACACUAUCCACUGUGGCUGAAUCCAGGCACUGACUGCUGGGUUGAGUUGGAGUACUGUGCUGAUCUGUGACACUAUGCUAGGGUGGGAUCAAUCUCUAAAACUGGGAUUAGAAAUCCUGCCCAAUUAUGACUCAUAUACGACAAAAUAAAUUCAAUUUAAUUUAUCCUACAGUCUGCUUCAGUUAAUUCAAAGCUUUCUUUGGGUGAAAUUUUGAAUUAUCCAGUAAUUUGAACUAAGCAAUUUAAUAAAAACGGGAAUUACUUUUGUUCGCUUCAAAGAACUUUAACAGGUAAUUCAAAUAAUACAAGUUCAGAACGCAAACAGUUAAUGGAAUUCACCAGUUUUAAAAUCUCCCCACCCCCAGCCUCAUCCCAUGACCAACCCUCCCUCUCAUCCCCACCUGCUUGACCUGACACAACUGGUCUAUCUUUUCUCCUACCUAUCCAUCCCACUGACCAAUCCCCACCACUCCCUACCUGCACACACCUAUCACCAUCCCACCUACCUUCCCCAGCCCCAGCCCCACCCCUCCUCUCUCUCUA